AUGACUUUGGCCUUGAUCGGAGCCCUCUACGGCCUCGCCGCGUUCAUUUUUCUUGGAGCGGUGGUGAUUUGGUGCAGAAACGUGCAGAGAAUGCUCGAUGGCCCGAUUUACCGCUGUCUGUUUGUUGCCUGUGCGCGACGAUCGGAACGCAGAUCUCCCCUCCUGGGGACAGUGUCGGGCCUUGCCGGCGUAUCGGUCUGGGCUUUCGCGACUACAGGUGCCGUGAUAAACAGCGAAGUGGUUAAUGCUCAGCUCGCUUUCGCUCCGAUUAUCACGGUACCUUUGGUUCUUGUCGCGUUUGUUGGGGCGUACAUUAUUCGGGGCAUCCGCCUACUCGUCAUGUACAACCCUCACAUGCGACAUCGUUGGGGGCGGUACUUCAACAAAGAGACCUUCAUGGUCAAGGUCGUUAUUGUUCUCUUCGUCGUCCUUCAGCUCGUGUCGUCGCUCGCGGUGGUGGUGGUAGGGGCGGCAAGGGAGACGACAACAGGAGACGACAACACAAUGCUCGGCGAGACUUUCCACGAAGCGCUGCAAGCGAUGCGGUGGUUGACAACAUUAUUCACGGAACUCCUUAUUCGAAUCAAAUUUGCUGCUUACAGGGUCGCCGGAGCCAUGAUAGCGGUUAUCGCGGUCGACAUGCUGCUCACUAUCGGGGCAUCCCUCAUGCUCGUCGGCAAGUUGGCUCGAACGAAGGACAUGUUUGACAUGUCCGUGGAGAUUCGGAGUGUCGGAGGUUUCGCGUUGCUGGCCUUAGGCGAGUUGAUGGGGAUUGUCAUCCCCAUGGUCCCCGCCACGGUCCUGAAUUUCUACUUGAUCCUGUUCUUGACGACCAGAUUCGGGACGGCCGUGUGGAUCACCAACAUUCAGCCAGUGAGGAAAGUGUUACAAAGGAGGGCAGACCAUCCAAUCAACGCAGGUGGUAUCGCCUCGCUCUUCCCCUAUGUGCCUUGGACGACACGCAGCGGCGCCGUGGCGAUCGACGUGAUGAAUGAAAGCAAGGUCUUUACAAAACCAUCGUCUUCGAAAUUCACUAGCGUGAAGUUGGAUGAUAAACUGGAAGAAAUUCUGCGUUUUCCUCCGCUGCUCGAGGCGUUCGGCGAGUUCUGCCGUAAGGCGCUCUGCAGCGAGUCGCUCAUGUUUCUUACAGCUGGAAAGGACUUUCACGAAUCCCUCGACGCGUCUGACGCCGACUACGACACCAUCUUUGCACGGUUCAACGAAAUCGUCGACCAGUACAUCAGGGAUGGCUCAAGUUUUGAGGUUAAUAUCGAAAGCAAGACCAAGGCUCAAAUUCUUAGCCGGACGAGCAUGUCGAGCUUCAAAGAGCUUCCUCUGGACGACGCAGUUUGUAUCCUGGACUUGGCUGUGAAAGAAAUCGGGAAAAUGCUCCAAGAAAACCUCUACAACAAGUUUCGGAGCACGGAACAAUUCAAGGAGAUCAAGGACAUGCUCUAUUCCGCCGAGGCGGCUGGAUAA